CGACACGGAAUAUGUCCGGCUUUCUUGUGGACUGAGCUCUGCUGGUCCAGCACGUGGUGUCGACGCUUUGCAGGGAGUCCUUAAGGACUCUCCAAUACAGGAGGCCCGUCCAGAUGGCAGAUACAAGCACUUAUACGAUAGCAAUCAGCACGCUGUACCGCGUGAGAAUUGGGUUGGCUGGACAGCAUGAAGGCAGCCUUCGAUGAAUGGUCACAGUUUUUUGUCUUGCCCAAAGCGGCAUGGGAAUGGGCCCAGACUCGCCCGUAUACGAAAGUUGGACAGAGGGCGACACGUCCCAUCGUCAACGCCAAAGCUCUGAUACGAUUGGAGAAAGCAGCCUGGUCGUUCGAGGGUCGCUCUUCCAGCCAGGGUUCGCUGUUUCAAGGCGAGCAAGUGAGUUCGAAGACUGACCGCCCUAUCAAGAGCUUGGCCACCUCGAGCGACAUCGAUGACCUCGAUGCCAUACUCAACCCAGCAGCUCAUUCCUUGACGCUAGUGAGUACAACACAGCGAGUCAUCGCGCAACUGGAUCUCGAAAGCCUCUUCUCGAUCGAUAAUGGCGUUGCUCAAGUUCGCUAUAUCGAGUCUAUGCUUGUGAUCCGGCAAGCGCUGACAAGGGUACUCAUGGCGAUCCAAACGUUGAAGAAUAGCGGUAUGUGCCAAGGCAGUAUCAAUGCUAUCGUUGAGUAUCCAACUAGACAGGACACUGCAGAGGUGUUUGAGUUCGAUCAGAGCGAUAUCUCAGCACUGCUGGUUUUGUUGGGCACUCACAGCCCAGAUAUCGGCGCAACUCUGACAGCACACAGAGAACUAGAAGAGGACGUACCUGAAGCUAUUGCGCCCUUGCUGGCCCGCCCUUCUAAUUCACUUGACCAUCUGAUUCCGCCCGGAGGUACCAAACGAUGGACAUGGUCGUACCUAUGCUUCUUCACUGCCUUUGCAACGCUGGCCACCGCAUCGUACGCUGGGGCGCAUGUACAUGAUGGAGGUGGUGAACUGUCAGUCGAUCCUGUCGCAUUUGACAGCCUUGUGCAAAGAGAUCCGGAAUUCGUCGAGAAAUUCUACUCAUUUCGCCGUCGACGUCUGUCUUGCUUGGACAGCUUUUUACAGGGUCCAGUCUGGGUGUUCGGUUCGCACAACCAUGAGGAUCGUGCACUAUGUUUGGCAAUCGAGACAGAAAAAUUUGCCGCUCUUUGGGGCCCAUUGUACGCUCUGCCAGACAAGGGCGAAUUCGAUCGUCUCAUGGCACUCAACGUUGAAAAUGGCUUCAUGUAUCGAACUCCGGACACAGAUCACCUACGGAAAGGAGAAGUUGCGAUACAUUACACAGCGACUGGAAGGAUCCGCAAGAUAAAUGACCUGCAUAAGCAAGAGAAAGGUAGAUGGGCCACGUGGAAUGGGCGUGGAUUGCUGCCCGACGGUCUUGUCCCGUUCGACGUCGGUGCAAAGCUGCUCAUUGGAACGCCAACUGCUGCACACACUAACAGCGUCAUUGAAAAUAACGCUCAAGUCAAGCAUGCUCCGAAAACACCUUCAACUGAGUUCAGUGUUGAUAGCGCAACUCAGUUUGACCCAGUCGCCUUCGCACAAGAUCACGCCAGCCAGAUUGUGGAGCUCGGAGUGCUUCCACGGCGCUAUCUGCCAGAUGUAUUGUCGUUGAGCAUGUCGUUCGGCAAAUGGGUCAAUCCUGGCUUCUCCAAGACAUACAAGCUCGAUAAAGGAAGGACGCAGAAAGAGCGCUUGCUCGAUUUUGUUAGCAAAUCCACAUCACGGCUAUCCCAGAUCCUGGAUGUCAAGAUCGGGCUCGAGGUGAGCCUGCAUACGUACAAUGCUCGACGGAUCACUCUGCACGAUGCAUUGGGCUUAGCCUUCCCUGACUCAGGCUUAGACCGAUACUAGCUGAGGCACCUCCGACACGAGACAAUGCCACGCUAGCAACGCAUCUCGACUAUCUGGGCGAUACCGGGCUGGACCAUGAUGAUCACUUAGUCGUCUAUUGGCCUUAUGUAACAGGCCUCCCAAAAGGACUGAAAAUGUCGGCGUCGCCUCCCCCAUGGCACAAGAUGAUGCGCGACACCAUCAGUACUUCAUGUUUCGCCGUAGCUUCUACGCAGUGCCUCACGUAUACUGGCAACGACAGCGUGAAGAACAAGACUUUGUUGACGUCCACGACAGCUCCAGCGUUGCAGACAGAUAUUCAGGUGCAUAGCGACUGCAAAAUUACCACGCCACUUCGGUGCAAAGCCAUAAUGAGACUGGAUUCUGGGACCUUGGAGCUACGGAACAAUGAACCACAACACCAGCUUGCUUAUUUUCGGGACAACAGUAUUGUCAACAAGCUUGGUGGAACAUGGCGUG